AUGAAAAAUCGUUUGCAGGGCAGGGCUACCGAAAAACAGUCGAAAAUGUGUAAUAUUGUUGUGUUUGAUGAGGACAUACCUAAAAAAGAUUGUCGACUAACGUUUGUCGACUUUGCACCUACACUUAAAUAUGAUUUUGAUACAAGUGAACUGGAUAGUAUAUCAUUUAGUGAAGUCGUCAACUAUGCUAACGGUUGGCUCAAACAACAGGACUGUUGGGAUGUCGUCAACUGCGAGACCAUUGCCGCUAUUAUAACCAUUACGGUCGAUGAAAGAGGUGUUAUCACAUGGAAAGACAUACUGAAAACGUAUACCAUUUCGGAGGACACACAGGAAUACAAGGAUAAUGUCCGUACGUGGCAUGUGGUCAGGCUAUGCAGGGAUCCGGUCGACUAUCGGGUACUACUAUAUAGGCUAUGGAUACGGCCGUUUGAUCCGCGAGACUAUAACGAAAAAGUCAGGCCAAUCAUACCUGUCCUACAAUAUCGGGAUUUUGAACCGAAACUCCUCGACAAAAACAACCAUCAGUUUGAAUCCAUCGAUGAUGUUAUGAAACGUCUGAAUCAGGCCAUCAAUCAGGAGGAACUGAACGGCAAAAUCUUGAACAUCCAAACACUGGCUUUUAGGGCCGAUAAUCAAUGGCAAGUGAAUACGGAAACUUCGCAGUCGAGGCCAUGGAUCGGUAAGAUUGUGUAUGUUUUGAGAGUUUACUAUGCAUUGGGACCGAUAUUUGAUGAAGAAGUCGGGUUUGCCGAUUUUAUACCCCAAUGUCUAUCGGGUGGAUCCAUAUUCAAACGGCCAAAGUUUGAGUCCCAGCAGUUUAUACUGGAAAAGGCCAGCAAAUGGUUGUCCGAUAAUCCGGAGAUCAACUUUUGUUCGGCCGUUUCAAUGGACGUCAAACUUAAGUCAAUGGUAUCAAUAGACACCAAACAGAUGUCGGCCAUCAGAGAAACCGGAGACUAUAUACGUAUACUACGACUGGCCUAUACUAAGCCCCGGGACGUACCGGCCGACAUACCCGAGUCGGCAACACUGCCGCCGCCGCCGCCCGUCUAUCUCGAGUCCAGACCGUUUGUAUUGCACAAGUCCUACUCGGAGGUCAAACGAUCGGUAAAUGAAUUUAUGAAUCGUCAGGAGUGGUCAUCGCAGGCACCCGACCGGUACAAGUGGUCGCUGUUUAGCUGCGAAACAGUACCAGUGUUUUCGUCAAACAGUUUGAAACAGUCAUUGGAGACAAAUAGUGAUCAAAGUUUUCAGGCUAUACUGUCCUCCAGUCGAUCGAUCAAUAGGUCCGAGUAUUUUGCUGUUAAGAUCUACUUUGAUGUCGGCUAUUAUGGUGUCGACCAUCAGUUACCAGAUAAACAGGGAUCACAAGCACCGGCAGCAGCAGCAGCACCAGCAGUGGACACACCUACCAGUACUACCAGUGCUGAUGGUGUUGGUAGUGGUGGUGAUGAUGCUAGCAAUGAUAAUGAUAAGCGAAAAUCUUGUACUAUUAUGUAA